AUGGUACGAUACACGUCGCCGAUAAACCCGGCUGUGUUUCCACACCUAACACUUUUACUUCUCGGCAUCGGAAUUUUCUUCACAGCGUGGUUUUUCGUAUACGAAGUUACAAGUACUAAGGCUUCUCGAGAUCUCUUUAAAGAACUACUACUAUCACUCGUUGCGGCACUCUUUUCUGGGUUUGGUAUCUUAUUCCUAUUGUUAUGGGUUGGGAUUUAUGUAUGA